UGUGUGUCUGACUCUGCAGAGCUGUAUAUAAACCUCCCAGGCUCCGCAUUCUGGGGUUUCUUACAUCUGGAGGCAACGGGACACUUUGAGCCACUCUACCUCUCAUCCGAACUGGUCAAGUGCACUUGUAAGGAUGGACCUUAAGAUUUUUGGGCUAGUAAUUGUCCUGUGCUAUUUUGGAAGUUCUGUGGCAAACAGCUUUCAAAGAGACUGCCGGGUGGACAACUUCAGAGUUAUGCCGGACUUUGAUAAAUAUCGGUAUGCCGGAACCUGGUACGCAGUUGCCAAGAAGGACCCAGAAGGACUCUUUCUACUUGAUAACAUAGUGGCUAACUUCAAUGUUGAUGAAAGUGGAAAAAUGACAGCAACAGCUAGAGGCAGAGUCAUAAUCUUAAAAACCCUGGAAAUGUGCGCUGACAUGGUGGGCUUAUUCCAGGAGACAGAGGAUCCUGCUAAAAUGAACAUGAAGUAUUAUGGCGCUGUGGCACUCCUUGAAAAAGGACUUGAUAGUCAUUGGGUGGUGGAUACCGAUUACACCAACUAUGCCAUCCACUACUCAUGCCGGGAAGUGGCUUAUGAUGGCACAUGUUCAGACAGCUACUCCUUCAUUUUCUCCCGUCACCCUGAAGGACUUACACCAGAGACACAAAGAAUUGUCAGGAGAAGACAGGAAGAGCUGUGCUUGGACAGACAAUACAGAAUGGUCGCCCAUGAUGGGCGCUGCAACUAAACCCCCCACAAUAUUGUUAAUUUCCCAAGAAGCAUGUUGAUUUCGAGUUUACAAGAAGAUCGAUUACAAACCCCUCAGCAUUUUAUUUUUUGCUAAUUAAUCUUCAAUAAAUGGUAAUGGAAUGAAUAUAGCACUAGUAAUAAUGUACAUAUUUUAUACUAUGCUUAAUUAUAUAUAUUUGUAGCACUUUAGAAAUAAGCUAUAAACUUAUUUUCCUUACAUUUGUGAUUAACAUUUUGAGGAAUGAAGCAAUAAACAUUCAUUUCUAGUGUAAAGAUA